AUGAGACCUCAUUCCUGCCUGUCUGUCCUCUUCCUCUUUGUAAUGAUGAUGCCGAGAGGAGAGUCUGGUUUUCUCCCAGGGGAAAAGCAGUGCAUUUUGCUGAAAGGGAUAUGCAAGGACAUAGCAUGUACAUCUACAGAUGACACCAUCGGUGAAUGUAACGAUGAGAAGAAGUGCUGUAGGAGAUGGUGGGUGCUUGAGCCCUACCCAACACCCAUUCCCAAAGCGAAGUCUCCUUAG